UAUCGGAAAUAAACCGCGCAAGUUCAAGAAGAUUGCGAGUGUAUAAAUACCGCGGUCAAGGACGCGCACACACUGAGUGUACACAGGUCGAAGAGCGUUUUCUUUAACGGCGACCUCAUGUUCAAAUGUGUCACUUUGGUCUUUUCUGUGAAUGGAAACGGGCCGUUUGUUUCAGCUCAAGCCGGUGACUUCAUCUAGUUUCAUCAAGUACAAUAAGUGUAGUUUGUUGUUAAAACAUUUAGCAUUUAUAUUUGAACGUAAGUAGCGAGUUAAGGUCUUGUAUUUUAUGUAAACUUUUAUGACAAUAUUUGCAUAUCACUAGACACCAUGAUUUUCACCGCACAUUUAAUCUUGGCCACUGUUUUGUUCUCCGGAUUUGUGAAAUGUAAUAGUGUGGAUUUGGACGAGACCGAGACAAUACCUGUCAAAAUGUCUUUAAAAAGAAAUGGCCUUUGGACUGAGGACUGGAAUAUUUUCCAAAUUAAGGCGUUCGGGCACGUUUUCACGCUGUACCUGAGGCCGGACGACAGUUUCAUGGCUCCAACGUUACAGGUUCAGCGCGUAAAAGUCAAACAGCUCUCGGCUGUUGUGAACGGCUCCGGGCACGAGCGCGUCCCGAAGGAUAUAUUGCCUGAGCCCAGAAAAAGCGAACAGGAGCUCAGGGGCUGUUUCCACACGGGUACAGUAAAUAAGGACGAGGAGUCGCUUGUCUCCGUCAGUCUUUGUCGUGGCAUCCGGGGAACUUUCGUAACGCGCGGUCAAGAGUACUUCAUUGAACCAGUCGGUGCGCGCACUGGAGACGCGAGAGGCACUUUCUCUCAGCCUCACGUCGUUAAAAGGCGAGUGUUCUCCAGAAGGUCCGGCGUCGAGGGAGAGGAAGAGGACAACAGUUACGUGAAGCAUGAUGUAGAUCAGUCUGACGAAUAUGAACAAAGAGAGCAAAAGCGGGAACGGAGGUUCGUGUCAGCAGCCAGGUACAUCGAGACCCUGGUAGUGGCGGACGCUUCCAUGACGCGUUUCUAUGGAGACGAGAUCAAGCACUACCUAUUAACCAUAAUGGGGAUGGCCGCACAACUUUUUGGCCACCCUAGCAUUAAGAAUGCAGUGAGCCUAGUGGUGGUCAAGAUGUUGGUUGUGGAGGAUGAGGAUGUUGGGCCUGAGGUGUCCAGAAAUGGCGGAAUGGCCCUACGCAACUUCUGCACCUGGCAACAGCUCUUUAACCCAGCAAGUGCACGCCACCCUGAGCAUUACGACACAGCCAUUUUGUUCACUAGGGAGGAUAUUUGUGGACAUCAGCAUUGUGACACCCUUGGUGUAGCUGAUGUGGGAACCAUGUGUGACCCCAAAAGAAGCUGUUCAGUCAUUGAGGACAACGGCCUUCAGGCAGCCUUCACUGUGUCACAUGAGCUCGGCCAUGUACUAAGCAUGCCACAUGAUGACUCCAAAACCUGUGAGAAAUUGUUUGGUGAUAUCGAUGGACACCACCUAAUGGCUCCUUUCUUUGUCCACCUCAACAAGACACUUCCUUGGUCACCAUGUAGUGCUCUUUACAUCACAGAGUUCUUCGACAAUGGACAUGGUGAGUGCUUACUGGACAUGCCAGAGCAGACUAUUCCCUUAAGGAGUGAGCCGCCAGGCCACAUGUUUGGUCUGGACCGUCAGUGCCAGCAAGUAUUUGGGGAGGAGUUUGUACGCUGCCCCAAUGCCCCGGAGGACCAAGCAUGCAUCCAGUUAUGGUGCCGCGAAGAGGGCAAACUACAGUGUACUACCCGUAAUGGGAGCCUCCCCUGGGCUGAUGGUACACCCUGUGGUGAAGACCAGAGCUGCCAUGGGGGGGUGUGUGUGUCAACCAUAUUGGCAGAGAAGGGAGAUGAGGUACCGGUCAAUGGGGGCUGGGGUGCAUGGGGUGCCUGGGGCCCAUGCUCUAGGACCUGUGGCGGUGGGGUUGAGUUUUCUCAUCGCGAGUGCACAGAUCCAGUGCCACAGAAUGGAGGAUCCUACUGUGUGGGCCAGAGAGUGAAAUACCAGUCCUGCAACAUUCAGACCUGCUCAGGAAAUCAUGGUAAGAGCUUCAGAGAGGAACAGUGUGAGAAAUACAACAGUGACCGUUACUUGAACGUGCAUGGCAAAAUAAAGCAGUGGAUCCCAAAGUAUACUGGUGUUUCGCCCAGGGAUCGGUGCAAACUUUUCUGCAGAGCCAAGCACAGCAACGAAUUUAAAGUUUUUGAAGCCAAGGUCGUGGAUGGUACAACCUGUGGUCCAGAUACCACUUCUAUCUGUGUCCAGGGACAAUGCAUCAAGGCUGGCUGUGACCAAGUCAUAGGCUCCAAUCUUAGGCUGGACAAGUGUGGUGUCUGUGGUGGAGAUGGGGCAAGUUGCAGAAAAAUCAGUGGCACUCUAAACAAAGCUACCUUUGGAUACAAUGACAUAAUUACCAUUCCUGCUGGGGCCACCAACAUUGAUGUCAAGCAGCGUAGCCACCAUGGCAUUAAGCAUGAUGGUAACUACCUGGCAGUGAAGGCUGAGGAUGAAACCUACAUUCUCAAUGGGAAUUUCUCGGUAUCCACAGCUGAACAGGACAUACCAGUGCGUGGUGCUGUCCUUCGAUACAGUGGCUCAUCCACUACCCUUGAGCGGCUUCUCAGCUUCCAGGUUCUACAGCAAACAAUCACCAUCCAGCUUCUGUCAACAGCAGGUGACACCUCACCACCCAGGGUUAAAUACACCUUCUACCUGCCCCGGGAUCUUCCAUUCACCAAGCCAGAUGCAGACAGGAGCCUCUCCCCACAUGUCAUCCUGCCAUUUGGAGGAGCCGAAUGGGUCCUGGGUGAGUGGUCCGAAUGCUCUAAGAGCUGUGGUUCUGGCUGGUCCAGGAGGAGUGUUGAGUGUCAGAACAGAACAGGAGCCUCAUCUUUCUCAUGCGACAUGGAGCUGCGGCCAAUUGACAUCCGACCGUGUGGUGAUCUGCCUUGUCCUGUAUGGCAGAUGGGACAAUGGUCAGCCUGCUCUCGGACUUGUGGUGCUGGUGAGCGCCGACGCAGCGUGCGGUGCAUAGACUACACAGGCAAGACCGUGGAGCCAGAGAAGUGUAACCCAGAUAAGCGGCCAGAGGCUGUUUCCACGGAGUGCUUUUACCAGGACUGUUAAAACAGACUGUUCCCUGCAACAAAGAACAGGGGCAGGUGGUGGCAGAGGUCUAAGAUCCAUAGGGCAGGUAGUGGAGGAGAGAGCUAUUAACCCAACAACCUCCCUUUUAAAUAGGAAGCUGACCAUGCUUCAGAAGCAAGCUAGGAAAUUGUACCAUACAAAAUGGAUACAAAAAUCACCUGUCAAGCCUAAAAAUUGCAUUAGAUAUGAGGUUUCAUAUAUAUGAUUAAUUUUCAUUGUUAUUUUUCUAAUAUAACUUUUAAUAGGGAUGUCACGAUACCAAAAAUCUAGUAAUCGGUACCGAUACCACCAAAAGUACACGAUACUCGAUACCAAAGUCGAUACCAUGGUGUGGUAUGAAUAUAACAUUAAAAAAAUAAAAUAAAAAAAAACUCUCCUGGAGGACAUCCUCCUCUGGCUGAUACUGGCAAAGAGAGCGAGAGAGGGAGAGAGAGGGAGAGAGAGAAAGGGGGGUGGGGGGAGAGGGAGGGUAUUUUAGUUAUCAAACACUGACAAUGAGUCUCCGGAGGUGCACUCCUAAAUGUGCGUGUGCACAGACACACAGACACACACACACACACACACACACACACACUCCUUAUACUCUGAAUGCAAGCAUUAGUUUAAAUUCCCUGAUAUGGUGGCAGGCCAAAAAGAUUUAUUAAAAGCAUGAACAUGUGAAUAAUUAUUAGCGACAUUAGGCUACAUUUAGCUGACAGAACACGGGCUGAAUGGCGAUGCAUGGUGGUCCAUUGGGUGGUAGUGUAUAACAUCGCAAUGCGUUAGUGUCGUUAACAAAUAACUGGCUAUCGCAAACAUUACAUGGAGCAUAACGUUAGCUGUUUCAUGGCAACAAUGCCAGCUGCCUCAAACAAAUAUAAUAUAGGACCGUCUUUCAGGUACUUCGCCAAAUUCCAAGUGUUUCCUCGCUUUGUUUGAAAUGAACGAUAGCAUUGGUUGCACACCCGAAAUCGAUACUAGCUUUGCUCUCAAUGAGUCGGGGCGGAGGUAAACUUGUUAAGCUAAGCUAAACUUCUGUAGUUUUUCCCGUGUGCUCAUAGGUGUUCCUCUUCUUCUUCACCACUUGUGGACUGUCUAAAACACUUGCGCGUAUUUGCUGCCCGCAUCAGGUCCGAAAGAAUUGCAACCUCUGUACUUUCGGUACUUUCGUUACAACGGUACUGAUACUACUGCAGAAAAACAAGUACCGUCAUGUUUUAAGAAUGUUGGUACCAACUUGGUACUGAAGUAUCGGUUCUAGUGACAUCCCUAACUUUUAUUCAUCUAACCAGUAUUAAAUAUAUUUUCCUGCCCCACUGAGAUCUACCUCAAACCAUAAAAAUGUUGUAAUACUAAAGGAAAGGAUUCUGUUUUAAACUUUACUACAAAGGAAUAUUACCUUUGCAAAAACCUGCUGAAUUUUAUUCAAAUAUGACUGGUCAAAUACCUCCAUUUUCAUGCAUUUCAGUCCACAUCAGACUGAUAGAUUAUCUAACUGAGUCAAAAUGUAAAGCUACCUGAGAUAUGAACAUACUGGCUUCACAAGUAGGAGAGUUCCUCUCUUUAGGCUUAAUCCAAAUCCAACUGCCUUUUUAGUAGAUAAUAAUUCAUACACAUGCUUAUGCGCUAUUUCACAUGUUUAAUUUAUUUGCCAGUGUGUUUAUUAACUGUCAACACUUCUCAUAACUUAAUGCUGCGUGAAAUAUUUCAGAUUUAUGCAUUUCAACACUGGAAUUUAGUACAGUCCUUAGCUACAUAGGGAUAAACAGACAUCAUCUAGGCCAAUGUGAGAGCUAUUGAAUAGUGAGGGCAUUUAACGUCUAAGUAUCUGAUUUUAACAUUUGUCUGCUUUCUUUUAAAAUUAUCAAGCUGCUUUCUACUUUGUUACAGAGUCACAAUGAACUUACUCGAUCUAGACGAUAAACUCUAUUUGGUACUAUAGCCAGGCCAUCAUAGCCUCAAUCUUUUCUAAAGCCACCUUUUACUAUGUGUUUUCUAUCACCAUCCUUAGUUACACAAAACAAAGUCAAAGUCCUCUGGAGAAAAGUAUUUUUCAACUUGUAUUGCCUGGGAAUUAGUAGUAAAGAAAAAUCUGAAUCUAGUCUUAUAAGGGAGUGUAGAGCAAAGAGAGUGAUGACCCUUCACAAUUGAAUAAAAGGCUCUUUUUUCAGAAAUAGGUCAAAUCAUUUCAGAGUUUUGAGCUUAAAAGUAAUGAGUAUUAGAACAACAGUGAAAUCAAAAGUAGACAGUAUAUAAUAAAUUAUAAACAAUUUAAUUGGACAAGCUGCUUUCCAAGAGUGUGACCUCAUUGAUACAUUUCACUGUUUGUAUCACUCCGCUUGUCUGUGUUCACUACAUAAAAUGCCAAUUCUAGCAACAGUUUGUUACAUUGAAACCAUUACUUCACUCACUACAGUCUGUCAGUCAGUCUGUCUGUUGCAUAGCAACACGCACCACACUAUCCACCUGUGGCUUCUUUGGGAACGAUUUUCGUUGACGAAACAAAAAUAAACAACAUAUUUGGCCAUAUUUUGUCUGAAAUGUCAGUUACUCUAUAUUAAUUUCUUGUUUAUAGAGCUGUUGUAUAAAAGCAACAUCACACUCACAGCUGUGCUGUUGUACUAAAUAUCAGCAUUACUGUGAUUACCAGUGGCCAAAUCACAGCUGUGCUGAUAUUCAGUAUAAAGUCUUGUUAUAUUGUGACAUUGCUUAAAUGUUUGCCUCUCUGCUCAGACCCCAGAAGAAAAAAUAAAACAACCACAUAAAACCCAAAUUGAAAUGUGUUAGUCCAGAGAUUUGCAUUCCUUCUGAAUGAGGUGUUCUGAAAUUAUGUAGAUCUGAAACUAGAGCACUCUAUCCCUUCAGUGAAGGUCUGUAUGAUGCUAUUGUUGUAGCUUCCUUUUUAAGGUAUUUUUUUUUUCUAACUUAAAACACCCAAGUUGUGUUUUAUUUCUUGUUGCUGUUGUCUGUCCUAUAUAACUGAUAUGAACUGAAAUCAUUAAUUAAAUGUGUUUGAACAUGUUCA